AUGAUCCUUAAUAGGAUUGAAAAAGUUUUGGAUGAAAGACAGCCAUGCGAGCAAGCAGGGUUUCGAAAAGGAUUCAGCAUGAUUGACCACAUUCGCACUGUUUCGAAACUCAUCGAGGUAUCACGAGAGUACAAGAUGCCGUUCUGUCUCACCUUCAUCGACUUGAAGAAGGCCUUCGACUCAGUUGAGACGGAAGCGGUCGUGGAAGCCUUGGACAAUCAAGGCGUCCUUACUCAGUACGUAAAGGUACUUCGAGAGUUGUACAGUAACUUCACGACCGGAAUUUCGCCAUUCUACAAGAACAUCAUCAUUGACGUGAAGAGGGGGGUCCGACAGGGUGAUACAAUUUCACCCAAAAUAUUCACAGCCACCUUCGAGAACGCAAUGCGAAAGUUGGAAUGGAACGACAUGGGAGUGAAGGUUGAUGGUCGGCAGCUACACCAUUUGCGCUUUGCUGAUGACGUACUGAUAACAUCCAACAUCAGCCAAGCGGAACGAAUGCUGACCGAAUUCGACGAAACAUGUGGAUGCAUCGGUCUUCAGCUAAAUCUGCAAAAGACGAUGUUCAUGCGCAACGGAUGGGUCUCGGAUGCCCCAUUCACGCUCAACGGAACGAACAUAUCCGAGUGCACCAGCUACGUUUAUCUAGGUCGGGAAUUGAACACGAUGAACGACCUGACCCCCGAGCUGGGCAGGAGGAGAAGAGCGGCUUGGGGAGCGUACAAGAGCAUCGAGGAUGUAGUGAAGAAGACCAGGAACACCCGGCUCCGUGCUCACCUCUUCAACACCACCGUACUUCCUGCUUUGACUUAUGCUUCGGAAACCUGGGCAUUUCGCAAGCAGGAAGAAAACGUGGUGAGCGUCAUUAAACGCGCAAUUGAGAGAGUGAUGCUAGGAGUAUCCCGCUUCACGCAAGUGAGGGACGGGAUUCGAAGUUCUCUCCUACAUCAGCGAUCAAAGGUUAGAGACGCCGCCACGUUUGCCAAGGAAAGUAAAAUAAGGUGGACGAGACACGUGAUGCGCUUUAACGCUUCCACGCGAAAGGAGGAACCACUGGGCUACUCUGGCACGCGAUCGGGACAAAUGGAAGAAUUACUGGCGCCCGCUCGACCAGUUCGAAGAUCAACGGGAGUCAAGGUGAUCAAGGUGAAUGGUUUCCUUAGUACCUCUAUCCGAAUAUGCGGGUUAUUUUUUGAAAUCCCGCCACAUUUUCCUGGAAUGGGAAAACUUACCAAAAUCCCAAGAACUGAUAUGAAAAAUGGAGGGCUCGUUAUCCAUGAUCUCACUGCCGACGACUACAACUGUACAAACGGAAUCCAAUGGAUCGAGCGUAUUUUCUCCGAUUGCGUGGACACGGAGCUAAAAUUGCUAGGUUUUAUCAUCGGAAUCAUUUCACUGCUGCUAUGGCUAGUACCUCUGCUUCCUCAACUUUUGCAAAACUACAGGACUAAGAAAUGUGAAGGAUUAUCGCUCACUUUCCUGUUUUUGUGGCUAGUUGGUGACACUUGCAACAUGCUAGGGGCAAUGCUAACGCAUCAAACACCAAUACAGCAGAUUAUUGGUGUGUACUAUAUCUUUCAAGAUCUCGCCUUGUGGGGACAAUACGGAUAUUACACUAAGGUCUACCCUAAACUUGGCAGUCAGAGGAGCUCAACUAUAGUCGUGCCGUGUAUUGCAUUAUCUUCACUUGGUUCAUUCUGUCUAUUUUCCAACAAUUCACCAAUGUCUCGUGUUGUCCGUUCGACUUCAGUCAAUACUAUGAUGAAAGGCUCUCUUGAUCAUGCGUUACAAAUGUGGCCAAUAUUCGAGAGUUAUACUGACAUGGGAAGUUCGCUGUGCUAUUUUGGAGGCAGGAUUCCUCAGAUAAUCAAGAAUUAUCAACGCAAAAGUUGUGCAGGACUUUCACUAUUAAUGUUCUAUAUUAUUGUCGCCGGCAACCUUACAUAUGGCGUGUCUGUACUUCUGGGAACGACGGGCUGGCUCUUUUUCCUGAGACAUCUUCCGUGGCUUGCUGGUAGUCUUGGAUGCGUAAUGUUUGACAUUGUUGUGAUUUCUCAGUAUUAUUACUACAGCAAGAAGAAACGGGAGUCGGCAGAAAUAGAAAGGGAGCGUCUCCUAGAGAACUCAGAUCAUGACGAUUAA